CUUUUCCAUUUUGUCUUCUUUUUCAUAGACUUACGUGUACGUUUGAAGUUCCGUCUCUAUGUUUGUCAGCUCAAUUUGGUAUUUCUUUCUUUGUUUUUGUGAGUUGCGUUGAGGGUGAGGGGUAUAUGUAGUGGUAAUGUAUCUACCUUUGGUACUUAUUGUAAGGCUUGUCAAAAUUAACUUUGAUUUCUGAUGGUUAGGACUCUGGACUCUGUAUAUAUGAAGUGAACAAAUUUUCUAUUCUGGUUGUGUGAGGUGGGAUUUGAUGGAUGUUAUGAUAUGUUAUUCUUCACAGCAACAGAUCCUGCAGAAUUUCUUGUUUGUUUGUUUUGAUGAUUUCGACCUGAUUGGAUUUUCAGUUGCCAAUUUAACAUUUUACCAUCUACUCCACUUGUACUGGGAGAUUGUUCUUUUGGAUAUUGAAAUUUGAUGAAGAAAAGGAUGAAUGAUGGCACUGGCCGAAGCUAGGGCUGCUUGGCAGAGGACAGCUAACAGAUGCUUCGUCCAAGAAGAUGCAAAAAGAGCUCCCAAAUUAGCUUGUUGCUCGUCAGUGACCCCUUCUGUUAAACAGGCUGAAACAGGAACUAAUACUGCAGCUGCUGGCCAAGAUACCCCUAGCACAGGAUCUCUGCCUCUUAAUCUGCCUUCAUAUUCUAAUUUAUCCCCCAACUCAAAAUGGUGGCUGCAGCUCCAGCCAAGUUAUGUCUAUCAGAAGGGUUUGAUGGAUGAACAGUUUAAUUCCUUGGAAGCUAAUAUGGGAACCUGCCAAAUGCAAGAAUCCUUAGGAGCCCUUGCUAGGAAAGAAGAUGAUCCUGGCCUUUCCAAUCAGAUGACUUCGAACACAUUUUCCUCUGAUAGUCAGUAUAGAAGCUUCACAACUGGUGAUAAGAAAGUUUUUGGGGUCAAAGAAGAUGUUGGAGAACUAAAACUCGGAGGUCUUGUUGGUGAUGAGGUUUUGAAAAAUGCCAACGAGCUUUACCUUGAUUCAGAGUCGUCUUGGAUAGGGGGUGAGAGAAAUACUCCUUGGUGGCGAACUGCAGAUACAGGUGAAUUGGCUUUUUUGGUUUCAAGGAGUUUGCUUGACCAUAUAGAGAAUUGUGACCUCCCCAGUCCUCAGAAUGCCUGCGUCAAGAAGGAUAUGGAUGUUAAUACAUGCUCUUUUGGCCAUGAUAGAAUUCCCAGCUCAUUGCUAGACCCAAACCUUAAAUCUGGGAGUCCCCACCAUUUUAGCACUCAUCUCCAUCCACCAGGCAGCCUGACUGCUGAAAGUGCUUGCAAGAACCUUAGCAUGCUAGAUCAAGCUCAAUUAGCGUACAGUACAAACAAGCCAUUAAGGGAUAUGCCAACCCAUGAAAAGAUGCAUAUGUUGGAGAAUGAUGCAACAAAGGCUCAACUAAUGGAAGCACUAUGUCAUUCUCAGACACGUGCAAGGGAAGCCGAGAGAGCAGCAACACAAGCUUGUGCAGAGAAAGAGCAUGUUGUCAAACUUGUAUUUAAACAGGCAUAUCAGCUUUUCGCCUAUAGACAGUGGCUCCAACUUCUGCAACUGGAGAACAUGUAUCUCCAUUUCAAGAACAACAAAACUCAGUCAGUAUCCAUUGUCUUCCCGAUAAUGUUCCCUUGGACACCUCGAAGAAGUAGGAAAAUGCUGAAGAAUUGGCAAAAGUCUCCCAGUAGAAAAGGGGCCAAACGAUCUUACCAUCAGCAUGAUGUUAACAAAUAUGCAGUUGCUUUUGCAAUAGGGUUGGGACUAGUUGGCGCGGGAUUCUUACUGGGAUGGACGGUCGCGUGGAUGCUACCGACUUGGUGAAGUGUGGAAGGUGGUAGACGUACUCUAAUCUUGAGCAUGUUCUGGAUUUUAUGUUUAUAUAGGGGUCAAAUAUUGGAGCUGUAUCUUGCCGCCACAUUCUUGUACAUGACAAGUAAUGUAUGUUUAAAUUUGAGAUUUUCUUGGCUUCUCAGUUUUUCCUCCUCAUCGGCAUGCUUUCAUUUAAAGUUUGUAAAAUGACUUGAUGAGGAUUGUGUAUAUAAAUUGAGUUGAGCUAUGGGAUGUAGUUGUUUUGGUCUGGUUAA